AUGGCAGACGCAGAGGAAAAGGCAAAGGCUGAAAAGCUGGCGGCGGCUAAGAAACGUGUUGAGGAAAUGAAGAAGAAGAAAGCGAAGAAGGCGGGGGGUAAAAAGGAAGAGAAAUCGGAUACUGUAGCUGGAGCUGGAGCUUUAAAGAGUGAAGAGACGCCUGAGACUUCCGCUGAAGUAUCACUUGAGGCUUCUAUUGAAGCACCACUCGACACUACUGUUGAAUCAACACCUGCCCCUCAAGAGACAAACGCCGAGGAAGACAAGAAAUAUGAAUUGCCCGCAGAAGUUCCAGAGAAUAUAGCUGAGGAGGAGAAGGUAGCGGAACUCAGUUCUUCUACGAGACAUGGAAGAUCACCCUCGUUAUCGGUACAAUCGAAGAUGAGGUCGUCUUCUUUUAGACAGGCAUCGGGGCCUCUUUCUCCAGAGAUGGCUUUUAGUCCUAGUGGUGAUACGGCGCCGGAUAUUUAUAGAAAACAAGCUUUGAAAAUUGAGGAUUUGGAAAGGGAGAAUAAGAGGUUGAGUAAAGAGGCGGGGGAUGCAGAGAAGAGGUGGAAAAAGGUUGAGGAAGAUUUGGAAGAUUUGAGGGAGGCGGAUGGAGAGUCUACUAAGGGGGAGAAGAGUAAGAGUACCGAUACUGAAUCUGCGGAGGAAGUGGAAAAGUUGAAAUCAGAAAUCGCGGCGCUUCAACGACAAAACUCACAACUUCAGGUUUCGUCCUCGCGAAAGCAUGGAUCUCCGCCUUCGGCAUCGGUACCAGCAGCAUCGGAUUUGGAAGCCGAGCUUCGUUCCAAAUCCUCGACCAUCGAGUCAAUGGAAAUUGAAAUUUCUAACCUUCGGGCACAGCUUGAGCGUAUAGCAUCAGGAUCAUCUGUGGAAAAAGAACAAAUUACCGCUCUCGAGGAUAAAUUAGCCAGAAGUGAAAAAUCGGCUGCGAUUGCGCAACGUGAAUUGGGAGACCUAAAAAAGAACCUUGAACGAACAACUGAGAAGGCCGUCAAGGAAGGUAGCGAACGCAUAUCCGCAGAAACGAAAUUACGCACGCUAGAAAGGGAAGCAGAGGAAGCUAAGACACAUAGCGAUGAACUUCAGAAGAAAGUGGAGGCGCUCGAAAAGAAAGUCUCUACACUUACGACACUUCACAAAGAGCACGAUGCUCGAUCGCAAACCCAAAAGAGAGAACGAGAACGAGUGGACAAAGAAGCAUUGGAUCUCCGAACUCGAUUGGCAAGUGUCGAGAACGAAAAUCUACAUCUAAAGGAAGAAAGAGACAAAUUAAAAAGACGCGCUGCACAGGGGGCCGAUGAUGAUGGUGUGGAUGAAUUGGAGAAUGAGGAGAGAGAACGACUGGAAAGGAAAAUUAGAGAUUUGGAGGCGGAAGUGCACGAUUUGCGGCGUGGGUUAUGGAGGGAUCGGAGAAGGGAAAUGGAAGGUGAGGGAGAUGAUGGGGUUACGAGUCCCGGAGCGAGAUUCACGGAUGUGGAUUUAGGUGGUGGAAGUGGCAGUCCCCAUGCGAGAAAGAGUGGGGGCUUGCAUCAAGGCAGGGGAAUUGGAGACUAUUUGACAAGUGGCUUUAAUGCCAUCACGGGGGGUACGGUAUCGACUGGACAUGUACAUAGGGAAGGGGGAGCAGAAGAUGAUGAGUUAUUGGACGAUGAUGAGCUACUAGAAUUCGACGAGGAAGCAUUUGGGAAAGCACAACAGGAGGAGGCGAUGAAAAGGAUUGAGAGAGUUAAGGAGAUCAAAAGGGGGUUGAAGGAUUGGGAGGGAUGGAGGCUGGAUUUAGUGGAGAAUAGGAGGGCUGGGGGUGAGGGAGUGGGAGAAAUCUUCGAGAUAUAG